AUGUCUCUGCCAUUUAGUUCUUCCAGGAAGAGGAAGUCUCGAAGUAGACAAGAUCGAACUCUAUUGGUUGCUGAGACCCUCGCCAAGUGGGAAGAGCGUAAUGCUCAGCUCGACUCUUGCAAGAGUGAGAUCAAAUCAGUUUGUAAAGCUUUAACUAUUGGAUCAAAGAAGGGAUGUAUAAAGGGAAAUGGAGGACCUGAAAACUCAUCAUGUAAUUACAAAUGUGUUAGGCAGAGGAUAUGGGAUAAAUGGGUUGCAGAGAGUGAGCCAAAGGAUAAAAGACUGUGGCUUGGCACUUCUGAAAAUGUUAUUGAUGUUACCUUGUCUUAUGAUAAAGCUGCAAUAUAUAAGCAUGAAGCUUGUACCCCCAAUUUAAGAAAUGAGGAUGGGGAAGAUGAAGCAGUCACUGAAGCUGCCAUACCAAGUACUAUGCAGCAGGUAGAAGAAGCAAAUGAUGAACGGUAUAGCAUUGAAGAAGAAUCCAAGUGUUUAUGGGAUGAGGUACAAGAGUAUUCUAUGAAUGAAAUGUGGUCUUUGGAUGAAUUUGACGCUCACUUUGAAGGAAGUCCAAUCUGUGAUAUUGAAUCGGUAUUGGGUCAUGAUGCUGGUUAG